UCGUGUAGGUGACCGGAAAUGAAUCCUGGAAGUCUGAACGGUCUGGCAAAGGUUGAACCAACCGGAUUAGCUUCCUCAUCUGAUCCUUGAAUAGGGACUGCUCCGAGCGACGCUCUGAAGAGCACCGGUUGCGUGCGCUGAUGGAGUUUCCUAGCCCCAACCCCGCUCCAUACCUGUGCUCGAUCGCACGCUACUGAUUCUCGUUUUUUCACGCUGAGAGACUCAUUUUCACUUUUUUUACAUUUUUUAUUUUACAUCACAACAUCACUCCGACAGGUUUUCGUUUCAUUAGCACGAGAUUAACAGAAUGGCGAAUGACAGAUAGAAUACCGAGCCUCGGCUAAUCCAAGUAGUAAAGCUGAAAUCUCGGUUAUUUUGACGGAUUAUCUCGGUGACAGCAGUGUUAACGUAUGUGCUCGGCAUGUUGUGUUGCCGAGUUUCGGUUCAAAUAUUUAUUUAACUGAUAUUUCAGUUUUAAAUGGUACUGAUUUUCGGCUACUGGGUUGUUUCAACUGACAUAUCAGCAAGAAUCGAAAGAGCCGACGGAUUUCGGCAGUUUUUUAACCGAGGUCGUGAAAUAUUUUUAAGUGUGUACGAGAAAAUGGAAUGGAUGAACUCCUCAAAAGAAUGGCGGAUGCGGGCAAUAUAUUUUAGCAUUGUCGAUCGUUACGCUUCCGAACACUACAGGCCGAGUUAUUGAACAUAGUUUCACUUCUUUUAAUAAUUUACUAAAACUACAGUCUUUUUCUUCUUCUUUUAUUUGGCGUUAAAGUCAUACGUGGACAUAUCGGCCCAUACAGGCUUUCAAUACAGUCCUUAUACGGGGAAUCGGUCCAUUCGAGGCUUAAACCCACAACGGGCAUGUUGUAAAGUCGUACGAGUUGACGAGUGUAUCAUGGAACCGCCCCUUAGCUUAAGUAACUUCCUCAUUUUCCAGCACAUUUUUCCGUUUGAUAUAUAAUUGAAUAGGGAUUGUUUUGGUGUUUUGCGUUAUAACCGACUCCAGAGCCGUGGUUGCCUGGAGCCUAGCGGAGCUGGUUAUUCCAUGAAAUCGCAUAUUUCAUUUCUAUGACAUUAUUUACUGUUAUGGCCCAACCUGCCUAACACAUUAGGCCACUCACCGACGACAGGCAAGGGUCUUCGUGUGAUGUGUGAGUGUAGGAGGUCGGGUCUCUCGGGAGAAUGAGAGGGCAUCAAGCGGGAACCGAGCGGUGGUCGGGCACUCGGUACGGGCCGGCAGAAGGGCAACGACAUUAUCAUGAAUACACGGUUUUUACCUACAUCGUAAGCUUAAACCCUUCCCGCGUUGUUGGCCGUUGUUGAGUAGCGCAACAUAUCACAACAGUGGCGACGAGAGUAAAAGAAAAGAGAGACUAUUUUAUUCCAAACAAGUAUUUAUUUCUUUUAUCGAACCCGACGAAUUUUAAUUUGCGUGCUAUUUGUUAAAAGUGUGUCGUUUAUGGAACUCUAAGUGUUUUAUAUUGUGUGUAUCGCGCUAAUAAGACGGGACAAUUUCGCGUAAGCGUAGAAGGAUGUUAAACCCGGACGAAAUGAUGGAGGAUGAAGAACAUCGACGUUUAUCGCAAAAUUGGGGAAACGCGGGUUUUAGCAACGGGCAGCAGCAACUGCAACAGCCAUUGCCAAACAGUGCAGCGUUACCAGCUCAGCCACAGUCGCAGAACAUGGCCGGAGCGCCAUCGCAGCAAGGUGCAUCGACCUCGAGCCCGGACGCUGGGCUUUCGCAGAUGAUUCAACUAUUGCAGCAGCAAAUGAGUCAGCAACAACAGCUUAUGACGCAAAUAUUGCAAUAUCAACAGCAACCGGCAGCACAGUUGCUACAGCAUCCACAGCAGCCACAGCAUCCACAGCCUCCGCAAGAAAGUUCGACACCGACAAACCCCGAGCUUAUCCUCGAAGCUUUAGCAAGCAAUAUAAGUGAAUUCCGGUAUGAUGCAGAGUCGGGAGCAACAUUUAAGGCAUGGUUUGAGCGGUAUGAAGAUCUGUUUCUACGGGACGCUUCCCGACUCGACGACGGUGCAAAAGUAAGGCUCCUAGGACGUAAGCUGGGCACCGUAGAACAUGCACGUUAUACCAGUUUUAUUUUACCCCGCGCACCCCGUGACAUGUCAUUCGAUGAGACAGUUGAAAAAUUAACGGCGCUUUUCGGCAGAACAGAGUCUCUACUAAGCAAACGCUACAAGUGUAUGCAGAUAGCUAAAUCGUGCAAAGAAGAUCUGCUCACGUUUGCUUGCCGUGUGAAUAGGGCGUGUGUCGAUUUUGAGUUCGCUGGGAUGAAUGAGGAGCAAUUUAAGUGCCUUAUCCUGGUGUGCGGGCUUAAGGAAGAAAUCGAUACCGACAUGCGCAAUCGGCUGCUUGCCCGCAUUGAGGAGAAGAAUGACGUUAAAUUGGAGCAACUAUCGGCGGAAUGCCAGCGUAUAACUAAUAUAAAGGUGGAUAGCGCGUUGAUCGCUAAUGAUCACGGAGAACGAGUGUUUGCGGUGAAAAACGGUGGCCAAAGAUCGCAUCAACAGCAGUUUUAUCGGCAGCAGUACCAACCUUUCGGUCAACAAACUCAGACACAUCCCAGAGGAAACACCAUGUAUUUACAAAAGCCAACGAAUGCGUGCUGGUCGUGCGGUGGUCCCCAUUGGAAGAGAGAAUGUCCAUAUAAGUCACACGUAUGCACGGAUUGCGGAAGAUAUGGACAUCGGGAAGGAUAUUGUGAAAGAGCAAAUCGAUUUCAGCGACAGGACAACAAGAGAGGGAGCACACAAGUUGCAACGCGAGUCGUAAACGUAAAUGUGUGCAACGUAGAAGCAAGGCGGAAAUAUGUGAACGUGUUGAUAAAUGGAACACCUGUUAAGCUGCAGCUCGAUACGGCGUCCGAUAUCACAGUGAUCAGCGAGGGGCUAUGGAGGGAUGUCGGACAGCCUCCUUUGAUGGCAGCAACAGUAAAAGCGAAGACAGCCUCGCAAAAUUAUCUGCAACUAAAGGGUGAGUUUGAUGCAUCAAUAACCAUCGCUUCUAGAACUCAACAGGUAACAAUCCGAGUCGCACGGGCCAACCUUUUCCUGCUGGGAGCGGACGUGGUGGAAGCUUUUGAGCUCGGAUCAAUCCCGAUGGACCAGUUCUGUAGUAACAUCGAUGCGGUGAGUACACCUAAGUCAGUAUGGGAGAAGCGUUUUCCGACAGUUUUCAAGGGCAUGGGGCUUUGUUUAAAAUCGAGCAUAAAAUUGGAAAUAAAAGAGGGCAGUCACCCUGUAUUUCGUCCUAAGCGCCCCGUGGCUUAUGCAAUGCUACAGACUGUCGAUGAAGAACUGGACCGUUUGGAAGCCCUGAAAGUCAUUACUCCCGUGGAUUACUCGGAUUGGGCUGCCCCUAUAGUGGUUGUACGGAAGGCAAAUGGAAAAAUCAGGAUUUGCGGUGAUUACUCGACAGGGCUGAAUGACAUCCUACGACCACAUGAGUACCCGCUUCCACUGCCAGAGGACAUUUUUGCUAAGUUAGCCCGAUGCCAAAUUUUCAGUAAGAUUGAUCUCUCCGAUGCUUUUCUUCAGGUGCAGAUUGAUGAAAAAUUUCGCCCGCUGCUAACAAUAAAUACCCAUCGUGGGCUAUACCACUACAACCGUCUACCGCCUGGCAUAAAAAUAGCCCCAGCAGCAUUUCAACAACUGAUUGAUACCAUGUUGGCAGGAAUAACAGGAGUUUGCGGCUAUAUGGAUGAUCUCAUAAUUGGAGGCAUGUCAGAUAAAGACCAUGAUAAUACGCUAAAUCUUGUACUAAAACGAAUUGAGGAAUUUGGUUUCACAUUACGACCUGACAAAUGUGUGUUUAAAAUGUGUCAGAUUAAAUAUCUCGGGCAUGUAAUCGAUGGCAGGGGAAUACGUCCUGACCCUGAAAAGAUUAGCGCUAUACAGAAUUUAUACCAGCGACAAUACACCAGCGCUAUACCAGCCCCCACCGAUAUUGCCGGAGUUAGAUCUUUCCUAGGGGCAAUUAAUUAUUAUGGAAAAUUUGUUCCAAUGAUGCGCGAUCUAAGAUUCCCCCUUGAUAAUCUUCUAAAGAACGAAAAACAAUUUAAAUGGACAACAGAAUGCGAAGCAGCUUUCAAGAAAUUUAAAGAAAUACUGUCAUCAGAGCUGCUAUUAACACACUACGAUCCUAUGGCAGAAAUAAUUGUAUCAGCAGACGCUUCAUCCGUUGGAAUCGGAGCUACUAUUAGCCAUAAAUUUCCAGAUGGAAGCGUUAAGGUUAUACAGCAUGCUUCACGAGCGCUGACCAAGGCGGAGUUUAAUUACAGUCAGAUUGAUCGCGAAGGCUUGGCCCUCGUUUAUGCAGUUACCAAGUUUCAUAAGAUGCUAUACGGCCGUCAUUUCAGACUCCAAACAGACCACCGUCCCCUGCUCCGGAUUUUUGGCUCGAAGAAAGGCAUUCCCGUCUAUACAGCUACCAGAUUGCAGCGAUUUGCCCUGACCAUGCAGCUGUACGACUUUUCUAUUGAGUACGUGCAAUCAGGACAUUUCGGGAAUGCAGACAUCCUCUCGCGGCUUAUAAGAAACCACGUGAAACCGGAACGCGAAUACGUAAUCGCCAGCCUUAGCUUGGAGGAAGAUGUAAGGCUGUAUGCGCCAAAUCUAACGGUGAUCCGUAUCGUGAACGAAUCGGCAUAA